AACAUGUAACUAGUGCCAAUGGCCGUGACUCAAUCAAAUCAACCACGUUUCAUCGUCCAAUAAAACUUUUGAGCAUGCCUAGUGCGUAGUAAGGCAUAUGCAGAUGUCCAAUGCAGGGCUAGCGGUUGAUGAUGGCCUUGAAACCGGUUGUCUCCAACACAGUCCUACUCGCCCACUCGGGCAUGUCCAGAGUUUCCCGUCACACUACAGUGACUAGAACAGCGGCCCUCGCUCAUCACCAUGAGACUAUCACAGCCCUGGCUUGGUCUAGCGAGCAGUGGCGUUGGGUCCAGGCUCCCAAGCCGCGUCGACGCCCUUCACAAGCGGAGAGCCACGACGAUGCAUUACGCAAGCCCUGCGGGGUGUUAAUCUAGGGUCCAUUUGUUCAUCCCGUAAUCCCUGUGGUCGACGGCUCGUCUCACCCGACGGUACAUCCGGUUGGUCGCUUGACUGUGAUAAGGCAAGG